AACAUUUAUAUCUACUCUAGCACUUCUAAGUUUGGUUCAGUAUUAUAUCGGACUCGGUUCUGUUCACAUCGUACAACAAAAUGAAUAAAUGGAUCGGAAAGGUGGCAUUGGUGACCGGCGCCAGCUCUGGAAUCGGACAAGACGCGGCCCUGGUUCUGGCAAAUGCUGGUAUGGUUGUAGUCGGUGUGGCGAGGCGGGUGGAACUGGUUGAAUCCCUAAGCACCAAGGUGAGCGGAAGCGGAAAGAUACAAGCUCGAAAGUGUGACGUUGCCAAUGAAGAAGAGAUCCUACAGACUUUCGACUGGAUACGAAAGGAAUUGGGUGGAGUCGACGUUCUCAUCUCCAACGCUGGAAUUUUUCUAUGCAAUUUCGUGACACAAAGUGCCACAACGGAUUUUCGCGAUACCUUCGAUAUAAACGUCGUUGCAACUUGCAUAUGCAUCAGGGAAGCCGUGAAGGACAUGAAAGAACGAGGUGGCCCAGGAUACAUUUUCAUUAUCAAUAGCAUUCUGGGAAAACGUAUACCGGAUGUAUCGGUGCCGAUGUUUGGCACCUAUCCGGCCUCAAAAUUCGCGUUAACUGGUUUAGCCGAAGUUGUGCGCAAGGAACUUAUCUACUUUCAAUUGCCCGUCAGGCUAACCAGUAUUCAUCCAGGAAUGGUACAGACAGACAUGAUCAAAGUUUUUGAUUCAUCACUGGCACAAAGGCUUCCAAAACUACAGGUUGGAGAUAUAACAUCAAACAUUGUCCACUGCUUAUCUGCUCCCUUGGAUGUACAGAUCGAUGAUAUAACCGUUAUGCCAUCAAUGGUUCAAUCACCUCAACACUCAAGGACCUCGAACACUCUAAAAAUGGACCAUGAUUAAAAGAAUACAUUUCAAUAUAUUCUUCUUAAAGCAUUUUUUCACUAAAUAGAAAUUAAUAUUGAGAGCUAUAAUAAAAAGUGUAAUAAGAGUCAGAUCUUUCUAUAAAACAUAUACCUACAUUUAAGCUAAGGCACAUUUUAAUCAAUAAAAGUUUUGCACCUGAUUGAGUGAUCUACUCGUGACCUCCGAAAAUAAA